CCUUGACCCCGCUCCCAGUCCCCGCCCCCCGGCCGCCCCAGAGAAGUCCCCGCUUUUUGUGCCUUGUGAGAUGUGGACCCGCCGCGGUUUGGACUGACGUCCCUGACGAAGAGCUCCAUUGCCUCGAGUCUUGGCCAGAGUGCUGGAUGUUUCUCUGUUCCUUCCCCUAAAAAGUUGCAUUCUCCCACUGCCCAAUUCUUUCUUCAUAUCUCAAAUUUUCUGUCGCAUUUCGAUUUUCACUAUUGAAGCUCUAUUUGCGCAAGUCAAGGUACGUCGCGAUACCCGUCGCUGCUUGAUUCAUUCGAGUCGCAAUCGCAAAGCGCACCUCAUCUUCCCCCCUUCAACCUCUCUCCUCCUCAACUUCCACGCGACAAGGCUACCCACCUACUCAGCGACCAACUUACUGACAGAAACCGCAUCCUCCUCUUUCAGAACCGACUCACCAACCGAUUUCUAACCUCACCACCACCAAAACCGUCAAGAUGUCCAACACCAUCGAAACCGGUCUCCCCGAAGACUGGGAAGUCCGCCACUCGCAAUCCAAGAACCUGCCCUACUACUUCAACAACGCGACCAAGACCUCUCGCUGGGAGCCCCCCUCCGGAACCGACGUCGACAAGCUCAAGAUCUACAUGGCCAAGUACCACAGUCAGCAGCAGCAGCAAGGCGGUGCGCAAGCUGGUGGUGGACAACAACAGCAGGGAAAGAUUAGGUGUGCGCAUUUGCUGGUUAAGCAUAGCCAGAGCAGGAGGCCGAGUUCUUGGCGCGAGUCCGAAAUAACUCGCACCAAACAAGAAGCCCUCAGCACCCUGCAGGGUUUCGAACAGCGCAUCAAGUCCGGCUCCAUUUCCCUGGGCGAGCUGGCCCUGACCGAGUCCGACUGCUCGUCCGCCCGGAAGCGGGGCGACCUCGGCUACUUCGGGCGCGGCGACAUGCAGAAGGAGUUUGAGGAUGCCGCGUUCGCUCUCAAGCCCGGCGAGAUCUCCGGGAUCGUGGACACGGCUAGUGGGUUGCAUUUGAUUGAACGGCUCGAGUAGGAUUCCGAUACGACACGACAACAAAUAAUGACCACUGCCACUGGAUGGAAGGGAAUGGGCACCGAAAGCGUGUGGAUGACAGUGUAGGAAAGAAGACGAUUAGGUAUUUUGCUUCUAGCGCGGCGCUUGCGAAGGUACUUACGAAGAGGGAAAAUCGAGAGAUGAGAGAGAGAGGCAGUAUUGGAAGCCGAACUUAUAUCGAACCCAGACGAUGGCGCGAAGACGGAAGGUUUUUGCUGCGGCGGUCGCCAGACUAUCAAGUCGGAUUAUGGUCCGCAGUACGGCGGGAGCCAGGAAGUAUCCGAGUAGUACUUUUGGCCAAGUGUGAACGGGAAAACAGCCGGAUAGGAUAGGAAAAAGCAGACAAAACAAAACAUUUCACAGCUGAGA